AUGACACCGGCAGAAAGGAACUACUCAACGACUGACCGAGAGUUGCUCGCGGCAAUUCAUGUAUUACAAAAGUACAGACAUCACUUUCUCGGGCGAAAGGUAACGAUUUACACAGAUUACAACAAUUUGACAUAUUGGGACAGCAAACAUCAACUAUCGGCAAGAGAAAGGAAUUGGUUAGAAAUACUGGGAGAAUUUGAUAUCAAGUUUGAAUAUAUCCCUGGAGAGACCAAUACAGUGGCAGAUGCACUGUCAAGAGAUAGAAGAUAUAAAAUAGUUUGGUCCGACGAAUGGAUCAAGGAAAUUGUAGAGUCAUACAAGGACUCAAGUGAAAUUGUGGAGAUUCAAAGAAACAAGAAUAACAAAAUCAUUGAAGAGGAAGGUCUAUUGUUCAUUGUUGAACCAGACCUGUCUAAGCGUCUAAUCUUGGUAGACAAGAAACACAUUGCAAAAAUACUGGAUGAAAGUCAUGCUGGUUAUAUUGGUGGUCAUUUGGGUAUCACCAAAUCGUAUAUGAAGAUACGAUCAAAUUAUUUCUGGAUUGGAUUACAUUCGUCGAUCGUCAAGUUCAUUGGUUCUUGUGAUAUUUGUCAACGUUCAAACAAAUGCAAAGCGAAGGGUUUUCUGACGUCUCUAGAGAUACCUCAAAGAAAUUGGAUGGACAUAUCGAUGGACUUUAUGUCCUUGCCGACGUCCAAGAAUGGAAUGGACAAUUUAUUGGUUGUUGUGGAUAGACUAAGCAAGAUGGUUCACUUAAUGGCUUGCACUAAAGAGAUUGAUGCAGUAGGUACUGCAAAGUUAUUAUUUAACAAUGUCUUUAGACUACACGGACUGCCAUCGUCAAUCGUGUCGGAUAGAGAUCAGAGAUUCACGAGUGACCUUUGGAGUGAAUUAAUGACAGCUAUUGGAACAAAAUUAAAGAUGUCAACACCGAAUAGACCUCAAGGUGACGGUCAGACGGAAAUCUACAACAAGACUAUUAGAAAGAUAAUGGAAAAGUUUCAAGAGACACACAAGGAGAAUUGGGAUGAGCAUCUGACAGCUGUAGAAUUUGCUCUCAAUUCAUUUAAACAAUCGUCAACCAAACUUUCACCAUUCGAAAUCAAUUAUGGAUUUGAACCAACAACACCUUCCAACAUAUUCAACAUUCAUGCGAUCAAAGAUAUGGACAUCAAACAGAUGAUAGAUUACUUCCAAAAGGUUGCGAGAGACAACAUUCUGUCAUCACAAGUCGAACAAGCAAGAAACUACAACAAGAAUAGAAAGGAGAGUACUUUGAAAGAAGGGGAUGAGAUCCUGUUGAAUCGUAACAAGAUCAGCGACGCAUUACUCAAAUAUAUUACAAAACCCGCCAAGAAAGGUCCAAGAACCUUUUUUUCUGCAAAUUUUCUUUAA